AUGGCGGAGCUCAGUGUUUAUGAUAACGAUCCGACCAUCUACCUGUUCACCUCCCUGACCGCCGGCUCCUCCCACAUCGUCACAGCUACCUCGCGAAUUGAAACAAUCCUACGAGCGAACAAGAUCCCGUUCAAAGGAGUAGAUACUGCGACUGAUGAGCUCGCAAAGAAGCUAUUCCAGCGGAGAGCGAGCGGAAAGAAGCUCCCUCUGAUAGUCAAAGAAGGAUAUGUCUUGGGUGGCAUUACAGAGAUCGAAGAAUGGAACGAAUACGAUGAGAUCCGAGAAGCGUUGGGCGUCACAUCAGCCUUCACGCCCUUCCCUGCGAAACCCGGGCCCCCGCCUAUGGCUGCACCAGCUACCACCACCUCUUCCUUCUCAUCCACAAGCACAGCUGCAAAGAAGGAGAAUGUCGUCACACCUAGUCUGGAGACAAACCUGGCGCUCCGGGAGCUAGGUGCUGAAGCCGCGAAGAAGGCCGCUUCGUUGAAGCCCGUGCCAAGUAACAUCAAAACUACAAACCCCCUGCUGGCAGAGAAGACGAACACACCCACCUCAGCGACGUCGAAAAAGAGCCCCACAAAAGAAGACCCUGGUAGCAUCCUCUCGCCGAAGUCUGUCCCACUACCUGAGACGCCGAAGCUUGCAACGCCUGCUACACCGACCACGACUCAAGACACAAAGCCUGCUGUCUCCACUACCAAAACAGAAGCCAAGCCUGCUACCUCGAGUACGUCGACCAAAGACGCGAAGGCCGCUGCACCGAGCACGAACAAAGACACCAAAGCAAAGGACGCAAAGGCAAAAGACGCAAAAGCAAAGGACAGCAAGACAAAAGAUACUAAAGUAAAAACCACAUCCUCGAAAGAUGCAAAGUCCAAGUCCACGAGAAAACCCACGGGAGGUCUCUUUGGCCUAGGAAAAGCUCCAGCAAAGUCAAAAUCGAAAUCCUCAAGUAGCAAAGACACAAAGAGUAAAGAUGCAAAAUCAAAGAGCACGAAGGGUACAAAAGCAGCUGCGCAACCGAGUAUCCCCAAGCUUUCGGAUCUGCAGAAGCCUGUACAUGGGCCCUCCUCGAUGCACGACGAUGCGAAGAACCCUGCGCUUAGUGCUGGACCGAUAGAUUCGACAAAGGACGAAGAAAGCGAAGAAGAAGAAUCCGAGGAGGAGAGUUCUGAGGAGGAAGCUGAUGCGAAGGAGCCAGCUACUGCAGCCAAGGUCCCAGGAAAAAUAGAGAAGAAGGCGACUGUAGCUGCGGAAGAGAGCAGCGAAGAAGAGGAAGAUAGCGACGAAGAGGAAGAAGACAGUGAAGAGGAGGACAGCGAUGAUGAGAAGAAACCUGCACCGUUGGCUGCAAAAGGGAAAGCAGCUACACAGGCUAAGGAAGACGAAGCAGAAGAGAGUUCAGAGGAAGAAGACAGCGAGGAAGAGGAAGAGACCUCAGAGGAAGAGGAAGCGGAUGUGCCAAAGAUGCAGAAACAGAGUGCUAAGGAUGCCAGUAAAGCUGGUGUGAGUGUGAAGGACUAG